AACAGCCGACUGGGUGGGCUUAUGUAGGGGGGAAGGGGUCACGGGUCAUCUGGAGGUGGGUUAAAGGUCGUCUGGAGGUGUAUCUCCCAGUGGCAGGAUGGCGGGCGUGAAUGGAGACCGUAAAGGGAAGAAAGAUGACAAUGGGAUCGGCACAGCCAUCGACUUCAUGCUUUCCAACGCCAAGCUGGUGCUGGGAGUGGGAGGGGCAGCCAUGCUCGGCAUUGCGACACUUGCUGUCAAAAGAAUGUAUGACCGUGCCAUAAGCGCUCCCACCAGCCCCACCGGCAUGGAGCCCACAGGAAAGAGAAGCUGGGAGGAGCCGGCCUGGAUGGGCUCGUCGCCUCGAGUACUGAACCAUGACAUGAAGUCCACAGUUAGCAGGUCUCUGCAGUCUCUGCCCACAUCCUCACACGCGUUUGAACCAGACUGUCUGCGGAGGGCGCUGGGUCGAGCAGCUGUGGGAGGCAGCGGCGCCACUCAGUCAGACCUGCAGCGGGCCCGAAUGCGUCUGUCCCUGCAGGAGCAUCUGUGGGGCUUCUACCAAAAUAAUGUGAACAUCCCGACAGAGGAGCAGGCUCAGGCUCGGAGGGCAGCGCUGGACAUCUGCGCUGAGCUCAGAGUGUUUCUUCACGCCAAACUGCCCGACAUGCCGCUCAGAGAGAUGUACCUGAGCGGCAGUCUGUAUGAUGACCUGCAG